AACGCUAGGUUCGCAAAAUCAAAGGAACUUGUAUCUCGAUUACUCGCGAUCGCUACGAUGAGCACCCCAAGCGGUUCCCAAAAAUCCGCAUUGGCGGAUGAUUACACAGGUUACGCCGUGAUCACCGCUCAGUGGUUACUCACCUUCGGUUUUGUAGCAGCCACUACCUACGUGGUUAGCCUUCAAGCUGGAAACGCUCACAAACCGUAUACUGUCCUGGGUGACUGUACUUACUGGGGGCGUCGGACAUGGUUCUUUUGUCGGUGGUUUCAAGAUUCGAUGAAUCUUCUUAUCGAAGGCUACCAUAAGUUUAGUAAACGCAACGAAAAAUGGUCGACUUGGGUGUUUGAUGAUUUGUUCCAUGUUCUCCCACCGAGCAUGCUCAACGAGCUCAAAGGGUUCUCGCCAGACAAACUCAACUUCAGUCGGAUUGUACAGGAUCAAUUCAAUUGGCACUUCUACAUGGGUGAUACGCUGACCGACCGAGAGUACGUCGCCAUUGUGCAAAAACAUCUCGUGGCAAAUUUGCCUCACAUGACUGAGCUUCUGUCUGAGAUCAUCGAAAAAGCAUUCGCACGCCAUCUUGAUCCCCCUAGCGAUUCGAGAGGCUGGAAAACUGUCGUGCUAUGGGAUGACAUCUUAGACGUUUGCUAUGACGUCGUUGGAGAGUCCUUGCUUGGAGAACUGGGGGCUUCUUCCGAAUAUUUGCAUCACGCCAAAAGUUUCACCGAAACUGUGGCAGUUUGGUCGGGAGGAAUGCACAUUCUCCCUGGCUGGCUCCGACGCCUCUAUUUUCAAUUGAGCCCUGGUGGAAGGAAGAUUCGCCAUCACUUGAGCGAAUGCAAAAGACUCGUAUUCCCCGAACUGGAUCGACUUCAAAACGAAAAAUGCUAUGAGAAGCAACCCUCACGAUCAUCUGUCGCACAAGGCUUCCUGAAGCAUACUAUGCAUAACGGAGAGAGUAACAACUAUGACGAGAUCGUUCACCAGAUGCUUAUUGUGACCUUCGCAGCCGCCCCGAUGUGGAACAUGAUUCUCAAUCAGGUCAUUCAAAAUCAUAUCGCAUUUCCGGAGCACCACUCAGCACUCACAGCAGAAGUGCAAAACGCAUUGCGAUUGCAUGGAGGGUGGAACAAAGCAGCGCUCCUUGAUAUGCCAAGACUUGAAUCAUUUACCCGCGAAACAUUAAGGAGCACACCACCCAUUAUGUUUACGGUACAGCGAAAAGUAAUGCAGCCCACGCAGCUCUCUGACGGCACAUUGUUAAAGCCCGGGGAGAAACUCAUGAUUCCUACCGAAGCGAUACUGCACGACCCGACCGUUUAUCAUAAACCCGAAACCUUUGAUCCCGAGCGCUUCUACGAUGCUGAGACAAAUACGGCGAAGUCUUUGGUCGUGACGCAAACAUCGGAAUUUCCUGUGUUUGGAUAUGGUAACCAAACAUGUCCUGGCCGAUAUUUUGCCUCACUUGCGACAAAGCUGGCCUUCGCGCAACUCCUUGUUGGCUAUGAAGUCAAGUUUUUUCCGCACAGGCUUGGUAAACCAGUCGAUUGGCCAAUAUCAGCUACGUUGAUGCCAAACAUGGACACCUUUGUAGCUUUUCGGAAAAGGGAAGGUGCUGAAUUUGGGACAGUUUGA